AUGCUUCGCUCUGUUUCCAUCUUACGCACUGUUGCUCGCUCUCCCAUCACCACCGUUGUUUCUCGCUAUACAGCUCCUCAUGUCCGUGCCCUAACCACUCAAUCUUCUGAUACAAAAGGAUCGAGCAGCAGUGGUGGCUCUAAUGGCUCUUCCUUCAUGUGGCUCGCUCUUGGUGGUUUGGUUGCUGGCUCUGGCUACUACUACUAUACUACUCAGGAUGGAUGUGCUAUUAGUUCAAAGUUUGCACAAAAGCCUCUUGAUUAUCAAGCAGUUUAUAAUGCCAUUGCUGAGGUAAUGGAUGAAAACGACUAUGAUGAUGGCUCCUAUGGUCCUGUUCUUUUACGUCUUGCCUGGCACGCAUCUGGCACUUAUGACAAAAACACUGGCACUGGCGGCUCCAAUGGGGCAACCAUGCGGUUCAACCCUGAAAGUGCUCAUGGCGCCAAUGCUGGUUUGAGCCAUGCCCGUGAACGUCUUGAAAAAGUCAAGAAGCAAUUCCCUUCCAUCACAUACGCAGAUCUGUGGAGUCUUGCUGGUGUUGUCGCUGUUCAGGAAAUGGGUGGUCCAGAUAUCCCAUGGCGCGCUGGUCGAAAGGACGCAGAGACAUCUGUUGCCUGCACUCCUGAUGGCCGUCUCCCAGAUGCCAGUCAGUCACACGAUCACUUGCGAAACAUCUUUUACCGCAUGGGUUUCAACGAUCAAGAGAUUGUCGCUCUUUCUGGAGCACAUUCUCUUGGACGUUGUCACACUGAUCGAUCUGGUUAUGAUGGACCGUGGAGCUUUAGCCCCACCACCUUCUCCAACGCAUACUUUAAACUUCUUUUUAGCGAAAAGUGGGUCGACAAAAAAUGGACUGGGCCCAAGCAAGCUAUUGACAAGGCUACUGGUACACUCAUGAUGUUGCCUACUGACUUGGCUAUUACCAAUGAUCGUGUCUUUAAAAAGCAAGCAGAGAUCUAUGCUAAAGAUGAAGGCAAAUUUUUCGAGGACUUUGCCAAAGCUUUCCAAAAGCUAGAAGAGCUUGGCGUUCCCUUUAAACCUGACACUCCUGCCCAUGUUUUCAAGCGUAUAUAA